AUGGCGCUUGUGCAUCCAAGCCAUUGCCUUAAAUGCACAGCUACCUUCACAAUCCCCCUACAUAAAAUUAUAUCAACUACCACCUGCAAUGUGCAGCUAUCUAUCCCACCCCCCGAAACAAGUGCUGAACGAGACUGUGGCCGCUGUAGCUAUUCUAGUGAUUCAUCACACGUUCUGCAAAAGCCAGUUAUAUGGGGCGUUAAAAAUUGUUCCCUUGUGUUAGACUGGGUCUGUGUUUCGAACCCGACCUGCGUCUCUCGAGUUCCUCUGUUAAGGCUUGGGCAACCUGGAAGUAUCCAAGCCCUCGUGCAACCUUUGGGUGGCAUGGCAGCUAGGCACGGAAAGCUUGGGCAACCUGGAAGUAUCCAAGCCCUCGUGCAACCUUUGGGUGGCAUGGCAGCUAGGCACGGAAAGUGUGCUACAGCUGAACGAUUUCUUGCUUUAUUUAGUUUUACGCAAUCUUUUCUGCAGCACGACAUAGUAGGAAGGACACAAGUAAUGUCAGCGUAG